GUCAAACUCUCUGUUUCUUUCAUGGCUUAUCUUUGUACCUACUUUGUACCUAUUCACAUAUCACAUACCCCAUGUUGAAGCUUAAAGCGAAAGAACAAAGCUGGAAUGGCACAGCAAGGAGUCAGGAACCCGGCUUACUUCUAUUGAAAACAGAGGAAAUAUAAUCUAUUGCACAGCUUCCACCACGACUGUGAUAUAAAGCGUCUCUUCAAGGCUUUCCAAAGGUUUAAUUUGCUUUCAGAAACCCUAAUAUGUCUUCCAAGAUAGCUCUAGACGAUCUCAAUAUUGAUAUCCUGUGUCACAUAUUGCUAAUCGUUCACGAUGUCUCUAAGCACUCACUGCUCUCUAUGAUAUGUGCCAAUCGGACCUUGUACGAUAUUACCUUACCAAUAUUUCACCGUUCGUGUGUGAUGGACUAUUCCCCCGAUCUACAGCGUGAUACAAUCGCUCGUAUGGAAUCCUGGCUCGAGAACGGCUCAAAGAUGCUCUCCUUCAUUCGGCACAUUACCGUCAAGGGUAUUCCUCCUUACUGGCGCCUGCGCCGAGAUGAAUCUAUUCAAGCCCCAGACACGACGAAGUGGACCUCACUCGUUCAAGUUCUGAGCCGAUUGUCGCACCUUGCAUCAUUUACAUUCGCCUAUUCUGAACAGAUGCCACUCGUGCUCCUCGAUGCUUUGCACCAUCAUCAUCCUUUCUCUCAUCUUCAUAUCCGAAAUUGGACUCGAAUUUCACCAGACACUCCGUUCGGUGAUCCCGCGGAAGACGCACUGGCCAACUCUCCCUGUCUUCGGUCAUUACAUGGACAUUUUAUCACUGGAACCGGGCCUGUAGCCGACUUUCGUUUCAGCGCUUUCGAUCGCAUUGCCAAACUUUCGCCGAAUUUGGAAGCUAUUUCUCGAACUUCCCGCUCGGCAGGUGGUUGUGUCAUGUAUGUGCGUCCGAUGGAUCAAAUGUAUGCCCAGAAUCUGGAGAGCAAGAAAUUCGAAGUCGAUGCACCUAUACGGAAAUGCAUCAAGUCGUUACAAAUGGAUCAUAUCCAUGGAAAGGCGUUAAAAGAAUUAUCCUCAUACACGCAGUUGGACCAGCUUAUCUCAUUGACAAACAUUCGACCUUCCUUAGAUUUUCUAUGUCUUACUGGCACAGACCCCGCUUACCAUCUUCCUGCACUCAAGCAGCUUGAUGUCCGUCUCUUGACCACGUCGCGCGGUUUUGACCAAAUAGAAGAAAUGGUUGAUGCCUUCUGUAUAUUCCUAGCUUCCUGUGGACCAUUGGAAUCUCUAUCUAUCGUUCUCAAAACCUCCCAAAGUUGGAAACCCCUUCUCUCCGUGAUCCUCGACCACCAUUCGCAUUCCCUUCGCACGUUGUCACUCCACCAGGUCGAAUCUUCCAAAGGGGACUCUAUGCGUAUUUGUUUAACUCUCGACCAGCUCACCGAUAUCUGUGGCUCCUGUCCGCAGUUGACCAAUCUUGCGUUAGAUAUUGACCGGACAUUGGAGGGUAAAUCAGAGUGCGCAUAUUACACCGUCCUAUGUCAAUUUACCAACCUUCGUGAACUGACGAUACAUAUGGAUCUUGGAAUCGCAUUUUUUGCUUCUCCCAGUAAAAAACAACAAGAAGGUGAUAGACGUACGAAACUGGCUUCUUACCCCGAAGCCGAUGAGAAUUUUGCAAUGGAGGUGUGGAAGGAGGUGUCCAAGCGUGGUGACGGGGAAUUCGCAGGUUUACGAGAGCUGGUACUAUGUCUGGGAGAGCAGAACAGGCAAAUAAGAAACGGAUAUCCGGCUCCCUGGGUGAUUGAUGAGCAGAGUAGGAGACAAUGGGUAAGGGUACGCAGGAGUGAGAGGGAUGAUCGACCGAGGGAGGUCGAUGUAAAUAUUCGUGGCGGUCCUCGCACCAGACUGAGAGGUUGAUCCCAGUACUUAUCAAGUUACUUUCAGGCUACGCUGGAUCGUAGAGAUCAGGUACUUACAGACUCAAGGUGUAAAUACUGUAUUUCGUAUUUUCGGAUCAGGUCUUUUCCGUCAUGUUGUUAAGGC